UAUUUUUAUUGUUAGUUUUUUAAAAUUAUUUUUAGUUAGUAUUUUGAAUAUCACACUGUUGAUAGACUGAUAGACAGGGAGCGCACGCCCUCUAUCGUUCACUAGGGUUAAGUGCACCCACCGAGGGGAGUGUGGUGUCAGUGCAGCCGGGAUCUUCUCAGUGACAGGUGAACGGAGAUGUUGGUUCAGUUGAGGCCAGAGAACAUGGGCUGCUGCUUCAGUAAGGAGGUGAACCCUGGAGCUCAGGGAGAGAGGAGCAGUUUACUGACACCCACCGUCCAGGAGGGGAGCACCGAGGUGACGGAGCAGAUCAGGCAGCGUGUAGCUGCUGUAGCACAGCAUGUGUUCUUAGAGGAGGAAGAGACACGUGUGAAAGGCCAGAACCCAGAACUGUGUGUUGAGAAAACCAGGGGAACAGUGGAGGAGGAGGAGGAGGAGGUGAAGCAGGCUAUUAUUAUCACAACUGCCACAAAAACACACACAAACACAGACGGAGGAGAGUGUGGUCAGCACGCUGCCGUGGCCGGCGUGUGUGAACCGGCUCCGUACAUGGAGGUGCUCACCCACAAACCAGCCACGCUCAGAGUCCUGGAGAAGGCCAGCUCCUCCUGUGUGGGUCAGGAGCAGCACAGAGCAGACAGGUGCUCCUCAGCUGCCCUAGAUGACCCCCUGCCAUCACCUUUGACCCUUCAGGCUCAGCACGAAGAGGAGACCGACGGGGAAGAGGGCGCCGUCUCGAAGCUGUGUCAAGGGUUUGAAACCAGGACCCGCAGCUUCUACAGCAUAUGUUCCAUUGACAGCACUGACCUUGAACACGAGCUGGAUCUGAACCACUCCCCCACCGCUCCGCCCAGCGCAGCACACUCUCAGGUUCCAGACCGGUCCGAUCCAGAGUCGUCUGCAGACCGCACGUGUGGUGCUGUGUCUACAACAACCAGCUGGUCACAUGAUGACGAAGCUGCUCUGACACAGGGGCACGCUGCAGAUCUGUCUUCCACAGUGGACGAGGACGUUUCAUCUGAGUCUCCACACACGUCUGAACCUCUGGUUCCUUCUUCUCCACACACCUUCCUGGCAGCCCCAGAGGCUUCACCUACAUCUUCACCUGUGGAGGUGGAGCAUGAACGUGCGGAGGUGGUGGAUACAGAGGAAUCAGACCUCCUUACAGCCUUCACUGCUCAGGAUGAUCUCCUCCAGCUUCCUCCUGCUGAGGGCCACCCGCCGUGGCUGACUUCCUCUUCAUCCUUGGUUUCUUGCUCCGACAGUUCUCACAAUGUAACUUCCUGUGUUUGUCCUGAUGAGGUCACUGCUGAUCUACAUCAGGUUCCCAGUGAAAGAGGAGAUCACUGGAAUGAACUGCAGCUACAACGAGCAGGUGAGAUGAUGACAGCUGGACCACACGAUGGUGUCCCUGUAGAAGAGGGAACAGAAGGACCAGAAGAACACGCCAAGGUUCUCAACGGUCCUGCUGACAGAACCAGUGACUGUGGUAGAACUUUUGUUUGUCUUCAUGAAGAAAAGUGUGAAACAAAUCCAGGUCUGAUUCUCCAGGAUGUUGUUGUCCUUCAGCCCUCUGCCGUCACGUCACCGUCUCCUUCUGAAGAAGGUGAGCAGAGAGGUUCCAGCCAAGUCCUGGUCAGUCUCCUGAGGGAUGAGUCCUCUGAGUGUUCCUCAUGGAGCUCUGACGGCGCUCGGACUUUGGAAACCUCCACCUGUGUUUGCUCUGAUGGUUCAAACCCUAAAAACCAAGCUGAGCUGCAGCCAAUCCCUGAGAGAGGUGGAGAUUUAAGGGGAGGAGCUAACCCAGAGGAUUCAGACGGAACCAGGACGUCACAGGAGGAGACGGCUGCAGAAACACCACAUGAUGUCCAGGACGUCUCUGACUCUGCAUCUGCAGACACCAGCUGUGAUAGAACUCUGGGUCUGGAUCGUGAUGAAGAAGUCCCUGUGGUCACAGCAGUGGACCCUGGUCAGCUGGACGUCCAUGCCUCCACUCCUUCUUAUGAGAUUCACUGUCAAAGCGGUGAAGAAACGGAGAAGGAGGGGGGGAUCAGGGAGAUGGUGACGGAGCUGUUGGACGAAGACGCCCACUCUCUGGAGGUCUGUCGCCUCAACCCUGGGACCUGGAUCAAGCUGGACCUGGAGCACACCUGGGAGGCUUGGGCUCAGGGAGCGACUGAGGUGGAGAAGGACGGAGAGGUGGAGCAGAUCCCUGCCUCGGUGUCGGAGCUGCAGCCGUCCAUGGCUCUGCUCGGAGCGUUUCCUUACAGCACGGUGACGCCCAAGGGUUCGCGGGUGUGGGAGUGGCACACCGAGUGUCCUCAGGGCGUGGGUGGACUUAGACCUCAGACAGAGAAACAUCCAGCUCUGAGUCUGAACCCCGAGGCUCAGGUCUGGUCUAGUCCGGUUCCUCGUCUGAACAUCUACGCUCCACCUCAGACUCAGUGGCUGCAGCUCCAGGAUGAGAUGACCACUCAGGAAGGGUUCCUGUCAGAGCUGCAGCUGCAGGAAAUGGGUCUGACUGAGGCUGGAGCUGAUCCUGGCUCUACGGACCGUCAAAGACCGUCUUCUGAGGAGGCGCCGGUGGUGAACGGAGAGUCCAGUCCACCCGUGACAGAUGAGGUCAGAGAAGAGCUGAGGAAUGUUCUGGAAUCCUGCCUGAACAGUGAGCAGCUGAGCAGAGACCUGUACCUCAAGUCUCAGAUGGACGGGGACCAGUAUGUUCCUAUUUCAACCAUCGCCAGUCUGGACAAGGUCAAAGACCUGUGCACAGACGUGGACGUCCUCUGUGACGUCCUCAAAUUGCUGCCUCUGGUCCACGUGGCUCCAUGUGGACAGAAGGUUCGACCCAUACAGGGACGCUGUGUCCUUAUCCUUCGUGAGGUCCCCGACACCACACCUCCUGAGGAGGUGGCGUCACUCUUCAGAGGUGAAAAUCUGCCAAAGUUCCUGAGCUGUGAGUUUGUAAAUAACGACAACUGGUUUGUGACCUUCAGCUGUGAAGACGAUGCUCUGCAGGUCUUCAGGUACCUCAGGGAGGAGGUCCGAGUGUUUCAGGGACAGCCUCUGAAGGUCAGGAUCAAGGCCAGACCCAUGAUGGUUCCCACCUACGUCCCACAGCUGGAGCAGCACAGCAACGGUCACAGCUACAGCAUGUUCUACCCCUACACCGCCCACACCACACCACCACAGGGCUGCACCUUCAGUGGAGAGGACUGGUCUUCAGUGUCCACGCCGUACCACGGAGCAGCAGACUCUCCACUGGGGGGAGUGAUGUCUGGACGUGAAGGUCCGGGCCACGGUCUUUGGAGCCAGCACCGGCCCAGAAGAGGCUCCAGGUCGUCCAGCAGCACAGACCGACGAAAGCUCACGCCGAACAGAUGUCCCGCUUGGUCAGAGCUGCAUGAGCUGGAGCCAUCCUGGACCCCCGUGAGACGGGGACAGUCAGUCGGUACCAGUCAGAGCAGAGGAGGGAGGGCGGAGUCAAGGAGAGGAAACACUCCGAGGAGGAGGAACAACCACAGGCUGAGAGGGAAAACUGAAGAAGACGUUCAUGUGAGUGGACAUCAGCCGUCUCCUCCUCUUCCUCCUGAGCUCGGACUGACAAGUUUCCCUCCUCUUCCUUCAUCAAAUGGAUUCACAGCUAAGAUCAACAACAAGGGUCCAGCAGCUUCACCUCCGUCAGAGUCGGACUCACAGCUGGAUGUGACACAGUCUACAGGAAACAGCAGUGAAGUCCAAGCUGUUCCACUGACACAGACACCAAACCUGGAGGUCAAAAAGCUGAGCUACGCCCAGAUCUGCCAGAAGACGUCUUCAUGUUCUUCACCGGUGGAGUCAGGGUCGUCUGCUGAUCGUGCCCCCCCCGCAGGUGAUGUCAUCAUGACCACCUGAGUACGCCACGGACCAGACCAGAUU